AAGCCCAAACCUCCAACCCUAUAUUCGAAACCCAAAUGCCUUUACUUCUCUUAACCACAUAGAAGGGAAUCCCCUCACCUCACUCGCAACCAAAAUCUUCUCUCUUUUUCUCUCUGGCAUACGCUGAUUUUUGGUAAAGAGAUGCAGCCUUGUAGCAGAGAAAUGCAAGGAAUAAAUUCUCUCCUUAACCCAUCUUCUCAAAUCCCUCUUCAAGACCUUCAAAAUCAACAACACCAACAGAUCCAUAGCUCUCAUUUCGAUCCUUCUUCUUCUUCCAACGAUGAUUUCCUUGACCAAAUGCUUUCUACUCUCCCUUCCUGUUCCUGGACGGACCUCAAGUCUCCCUGGGACCUUAACCCCACCACAAACCUCAACAUCCCCAUUAACAAUUCCUCUGCCAAACCCAGAGAUUUAUCUGAUGAAACGCCGCCAUCUAUUCCCGAGAAUGUUGGCCUCCAUAACUUUGAUGAGUCUGCGAUUUUGGCCUCCAAGCUUAGACAGCACCAGAUCAGUGGAGGUCCCUCUCCUGCAGCUGCGGCCACUGCUAAGCUCAUACUUCAGCAGCAGCUCAUGAUGGCCACGAGAGGAGGUGGGAUGCCUCAGAACGACGUAGUUGAUGGGUCUUCCUUCAAUUCUCCUACUCAGGGAGGAGAUGGGUCAGUGCAAGCGCUGUAUAGUAAUGGGUUUGGUGCUGGAUUUAUGCAUGGGACUGGGCAGCCAUCUAACCGCUCUCAGCAGCAUUUUCACCAUCCUCAGGCACAAGGAGGGGCCCUGCAGGCACAGAACUUUGGAAACCCAGGGAGUACUACAGUGAUGAACCAAACUCAGGCAAGCGGGUCAACCGGUGGUGCACCGGCGCAGCCCAGACAAAGGGUGAGGGCUAGAAGGGGUCAAGCCACUGACCCACACAGCAUAGCUGAAAGGUUACGAAGGGAGAGAAUUGCUGAGAGAAUGAAAGCACUGCAAGAACUGGUUCCCAAUGCCAAUAAGACAGACAAGGCUUCAAUGCUAGAUGAGAUCAUAGACUACGUCAAAUUCCUCCAGCUUCAAGUGAAGGUGCUGAGCAUGAGCAGAUUGGGCGGUGCAGCAGCGGUGGCUCCACUCGUUGCUGAUAUGUCCUCUGAGGGAGGAGGACGCGGAGGUGUUGGAGGUGGUGAUUGUAUUCAGGCCACUGCUAAUGGUGGGUCCCUUCCUUGCACCUCUACUAAUGCUACCCAAACUCCGUCUUCCAACGACACCCUUACUGUCACUGAACACCAAGUCGCUAAGCUAAUGGAAGAAGACAUGGGCUCCGCCAUGCAGUAUUUACAGGGAAAAGGCCUCUGCCUCAUGCCUAUUUCUCUCGCCACUGCCAUUUCAACCGCCACCUCUCACUCCCGGAAUCCAGUCCUCAACACCAAUAACUCCAAUCACCACCACCAUUUGCUCCAGUCCAACGGUGAAGGACCUUCCUCGCCUAGCAUGUCCGUGUUGACUGUCCAGUCAGCUACUAUGGGUAACGGUGGAGGUGACGCCUCUGGCAAAGAUGCUGCCUCCGUUUCCAAGCCGUGAUAACGACGUUGGCUGACUGACUGACUCUUUGGCUUUUUUUUUUUUUUCAAUCCUCAUCAAGUAAGAAGAAGAAAGAGAUAGAGAGAGCGUGACGUGUAGGAUUCAACAGCUGUUUCAAAGUCCACGAAAAUAAGGGUCUAUUAUCUUCAAGUAGUGUUUCACACGACGCCGUAUUUUGGUUGACUUUGGCGCGUAGCUAACAACUUCAAGCCACACCACUACCCGCACCAACAAGAAGAAAACAAACAAACAAACAAACAAGCAAGCAAGAUCCACAAAAUCUCAAGGACAAAAAUAACUCGUUUUUUUAAUUAUAUUAUUUAUUUUUAUUUUUAUUUUAUUAGUAUUUUUCUUAUUUUGAAAUUGGGGACUGUCGUGUUGGAAGAGGAGCGAUUUAGUGUUAUCUGUGAUAAUGUUUAGUAGUAUUAAAUUAAAAGUAUCAUCAGAUUUUGAUUAGCUUUAAUAAUUACUGAAUUAUUAUUGUGAAUCAUUUUCAAAUGAAAAACAGUCGCUUCUUUAGUA